GCCCCGCGGAAAUUGAAUUUGUAAACAUUCGCGUUUUUAAAUUGUCCACACGACUGGCUUCUUGACAGUUUCUGGAAUGUGAUUCGGUACAGAAAAACAAAUGUGUAUCAGCUAGGGGAAAACUGAACAAAGAUGGACAAAGCAUCUCGGGCAAUAAGAAGGAGUGGUGCCAAGUUGAGGUCGCUUGGAUCAGGGGGAAGUGCUGAUUUAAAUGUCAUGGUGUCAGAAUUAAAAGAUAUGCGAGAGAGUGCCAAGGGCUUCAUGAAUGCACAAAACUCAGCAUGUCAGGAUAUGAUGCGAUGGGCGGCCAAUGAAGAAAACAGGGCCAUUCAGGAUGUAGCCAACCACAUUGCAGAGUUAAACCUUUUGUGGACAGAUGUACAGAAAGAUUUUAUUGGUCAUCUGAAGGAGUAUAAGCAAAUGUAUGAGAUGGUGCUGGAGGGGGAAAAACAUGUAUUACAGGCCAAAGAUAACCUAAAUAACUAUGAGCAGAAAGAAACCAAGCUGAGAAAGGACCUCAGGAAGGCAGAAAAGAGAAGUAGUGAAGCUGAUAUAAGAAAUCUGGAAUCCAAAUUACAUGAAGCCCAGAUGGAAAGAGAGAAAGCUGAAAUUGAAGUCACAGAGAGAAUUCGGGAAAAUGAAGCUGUCAAGAUGAUACGGCUAAAAGAAGGGUUUGUGCGAAUUGCUGAGGCCUAUGUAGAACUCGGCAAGAAGUGUUCCACGGUGUUUCAGGCUCAAAAAGAUGUUGCCAUGGAGAUUCCAGAUGUCCAUGGAAAAGAGUUGGAGGAAGUCAAAUAUACAGGAUCCAGUAAAACCCAGAACUACUUGUACAAAGCCAAGGAGAAGCUCCACAGCUACCGGCGGGAGUCCUUCCGACUCAACCCCCCUCUACCGUUCCCCUCCUAUCACUGCCAGGACAAAGAUGAGGAAACUGAUGAUCCACCCCCAUACUCCCCGAUAAAAGAACCGCACCCACAGUGGCAGGAUAAAUUAACUGGUAUGGCGGACACAUCCCAGAACCAGACCGUCACUGUAGGAAUCGGGGUCCAGUAUGUAGGAAUUAAUGCCUCAGACAUCAAUGUAACUGCAGGAAGAUAUGGCCACCAGUCUAAAAUCAAGCCGCCAUUUGAUAUUGGUUUUGAGGGACUUGGAGAAGUUGUACAGGCCAGCAAAAACUCCCCCCUCCCUGUGGGUCAGGCUGUCAUGUAUUUCAAUCACGGAGCCUUCAGUGAAUACAAGGUAUUGAAAGCCAGCCGAGUAUUUCCUAUCCCCUCCCCGUCGCCCCAGUUCUUGCCCUUCCUAGUCAGUGGAAUAACAGCCUCGGUAUCUCUGGACAAGGUUGGUGAAAUCAAAAAAGGAGAAACGGUCCUUAUCACAGCUGCAGCAGGAGGCACUGGAAUUAUUGCUGUACAGUGGGCCAAACUUGCCGGCUGCCAUGUUAUAGGAACUUGUUCUACAGAUGCUAAAGUAGAAUUCCUGAAGAAAAUUGGCUGUGAUCGUCCCAUCAACUAUAAUAAAGAAAACUUAAAGGAGGUCCUUAAAAAUGAAUACAAGGAUGGUGUUGAUGUAGUAUAUGAAACCAUUGGUGGAGAAGUGUUCGACAUCUGUGUAAAUAGCCUUGCAGUAAAGGGCCGACUGAUUGUUAUAGGGUUUAUAGAGGGUUACCAGACAGAACUCGGCUUUAAGCCUUCCAGAACAAUGGCUACUAUACCUGUCAGGCUGCUGAACAAAUCCUCAAGUAUAAGAGGAUUCUUCUUGGAACACUUUAUGUCCGAUAUCCCUCGCUAUGUCACUAAAAUGAUUCAGCUGCAACAAGAAGGCAAGCUGAAAACCUUCGUAGACAUGGGAGAGAACUAUGAGAAGGGACCAUUCCGGGGCUUGGAGAGCAUCGCCGAUGCUGUGGAGUAUCUGUACACAAAGAAGAGCAUCGGGAAGAUUAUGGUGAACAUUGAUGGAGGUCAAAGCAGCAAGUUGUGAUCAAACAGGUGCGUCCCUCAGUGAUGUUGCUCACCUGUUGAACACUCGGGUGUUCUGUCCACCUGUUCUGUUAGUGAUAGACUCAAUCCACGUAAUGUCAGACAGAGGCUUGUAUAACUGAUAGAUCAUCUAAAAAGAAGAAAUGAAGGAGUGAUUUAGUGAAUUCAAUGCAAAUGAAUAAAUGAAUGUAUAUAUAUGUGUACUGAUUUAUAUAUAUGUACUCAGGAAAUGUGUGAUCAUGAAAUAAAAUGAUUAAGUGAGGAGGCAAAA